AUCCUUGUGAUAUAAAGAAAGAAGAGACUACCUAGGCAGAACCCAGUGGAGGUAAAAAAAAAUACUGCUUUGACUUGUCUGUUAAUUGAGAGCCGCUAUUUGGAGAAAAUUUCUCGUGAAAUAGCAGGAAGCGGAAUUUAAAAUAUUGGUACAUAGGCCCUGCAAGCUUUGUUCGCAUAUCAAACGCAUGGGCCUACCUAAUUAUCUUUACUCUGGUAUAUCGGUUGUAAUGUAAGCGAUAGCAGACUGGAAUGGUUAGAUUGAUUGAAUCAAAUUGAUUUUUUUUCGCUAACCGAUUGCAUUGGUGUUUUAUGUAAAGACUGAAAUACAUCUUUGCAGUCUUAUCUUUUGCUGCCGAUUCGACGGAAAAUCGUUUACAAUGGCAGAUUGCUCACGUGUUUUCUUAUCGAUCUCGUGCAACUUUUCGAUGUCGAGUCUCCCUGAUGAACUCGCCGAACGAUUGCACACGACGUCGACCAUUGCUUUCGCUUGCAUGGUCAUCAUCAUCCUCUUCGGUCUGGUAGGCAACCUCCUAAUCGUCUACAUCGUAUGUACGAAACCGAAGAUGAUCACGGUCCAUAACGUGCACGUCGUCAAUCUUGCCGUCAUCGACAUCCUAUUCCUCUGCGUCUGCAGCGUGGUCGAUGUUGUCGGAAUGGGUGUGAUCGCUUACCACGAUAUUUUUCUGAAUAUAUCAUCGAGCCAGUCGGCCGGCAUCAUCUUCGUUCAAACGCUAACAUUCACGGCCUCUUGUGGGACCCUGAUGGCAUUGGCCUUCCAGCGAUACCUGGCGAUAGUUAAACCAUUGGAGAACAAGAAACGACGCACAGUCAAGAACGCUAAUAUUCUGCAAGCUAUUGUUUGGACAGUUUCUCUCUUUUGGGGUGUCAUCGUUGCUGUUUUGGAAUCUGAUCUCACUACCCACGUCAUCGCCGAGGGCAUCUCCCUGUACCAAGCUGCGUUCUUCUUUUCUCUCCUCAUCGUCGCCAUGGCUAUCUGUCAUAUCGCCAUCUAUCGAUCCGUGCGCGAGCGUGAGAUGGUCGAAGGCGGUCGCGUGGCGCGAUGGCAGCAACAACGCAACAUGCGCAUGCUCAGAAUGGUCAAUAUGUUAGUGUUCACUUUUCUCAUCGCGCGCGGAUUCUGGCUCAUCUACGGCCUGUACGUCAAUCACACGAGCCCUCGAUCGCAAGAAGAUCACGUGGAAAAGUUAUUCCAUGACGUCAUGGUGCAAAUUUUUGCGCGCAUCGGGUGCGCGGUCAAUAGCGCGUUGAAUCCGGUCAUUUAUGGAAUGCUCACGCCGGAUUUUCAUCGGCAUCUGAUCCAAAUAAUUUUCCAUCCGUUCGCAGAUUCGGCGCCACAAAGACGAGGAACCAUGGACAGGGAUAGCACUUAUAUUGUGACGUCAUCAUCUGCUAAUACAGUGAGUUCUGCCUAAUGAUGGUGCGAAUUCCUACUUCUUAUAAUGAUCACUGAAAUUUCCUACUUUUCAAU